UACAACAAUCAGUCACAGUCAGUGUCCCGAGGUUGUGGGUAGGUGGCUGCCACCGGGUGAACAUUUUGAGAUUUAUUGGUAUCUUCUUGUUUAAAUAUCUUGUCCCCAUAUCUUUAAAGUUUCUGCUUUUUUGUGUUUCAGAAUCUUGUGUGUUCAUUCAAAGAUGCUUACUUUAAAUCUUCUUCCAUCCACUAAUGUCACUCUCUCCAAAUCCCGUCCUAAGUAUCCUCUCAGCCCUUCACCUUUUCAACCAAAUCUUGGUAGUAGAAACCAAAAGUUGAGAACUUUGUCAUUCACCAAACCCUUGAUUCAAAAUGGACAUCCUUUUAGGUGUUCUGCAAAUCAAGAUUCUCAGAUCUCUCGUCCAAGAUUGGAUUUUUCCAAAAUCUUGAGACACCCAUCUGGGGUUUCUUCAAGAAAUACGACUCAGAUCCUUGAAGCAGCAUCUGGAACCCCAGAAGAAGUGAGUCCAGAUGGGGAGAUUGAAGUUUCAAAGCCAAAAGUGAAUAUGAAACUGGCUCUCAUUUUUGGUCUGUGGUAUUUUCAGAACAUUGUGUUUAACAUAUUUAACAAGAAGGUAUUGAACAUCUUUCCUUAUCCAUGGCUUCUUGCUUCUUUCCAGCUGUUUUGUGGUUCUGUUUGGAUGUUAAUUCUGUGGUCUUUUAAGCUGCAACCUUGCCCAAAAAUCAAUAAAUCAUUUAUCAUUGCCCUUCUUGGACCUGCCUUGUUUCACACAAUAGGCCAUAUUUCAGCUUGUGUUUCAUUUUCAAAGGUUGCUGUUUCUUUCACCCAUGUUAUUAAGUCUGCAGAACCUGUGUUUACUGUGGUGUUUUCAUCAUUUCUUGGUGAUACGUAUCCUCUGACUGUUUGGCUUUCAAUUCUUCCCAUUGUGUUUGGUUGCUCUCUGGCUGCUGUCACUGAAGUUUCCUUCAAUUUGGGGGGCUUGUCGGGUGCUAUGAUCAGUAAUGUUGGGUUUGUUCUUCGCAACAUUUUUUCGAAAAGGAGCUUACAGAAUUUUAAGGAAGUGGAUGGCUUGAACAUGUAUGGAUGGAUAACCAUACUCUCAUUUAUAUACUUAUUUCCAGUAGCAGUGUUUGUGGAAGGUUCUCAAUGGGUGGCAGGGUAUCACAAAGCUCUUGGAACUAUAGGAAAUCCUAACACAUUUUAUUUAUGGGUUCUCAUAUCUGGGAUUUUCUAUCAUCUCUAUAACCAAUCUUCUUACCAAGCUCUGGAUGAUAUUAGUCCCCUGACGUUUUCAGUGGGUAAUACUAUGAAGAGGGUGGUGGUGAUUGUCGCCACUGUGUUGGUAUUCAGGAAUCCAGUCAGGCCUCUAAAUGCACUUGGCUCUGCUAUUGCCAUAUUUGGAACUUUCUUGUACUCACAGGCAACGGUUAAAAAGCCAAAGAAAGAGGCAGUGGAAAAGAAGGACUAGGAGAAUGGUUCAUUUAGCACCGAGAUACUUUUGAUCGACGGCAUUUUUGAAUUUUCUUACUUCAAAACAAGAACUUUAUCAAUUCCAGUAGUUUCAUGUCUCAUGUCUGAUGUAUGCCUCAUUUUAUAGUUACUGCUUUCUGGUUUUUGUGGUUUAUCUAGUGGCUUAUACUUGAGUCUAUCUCUCUGAAAUGCUGGUGAUGAUGUUCCCAUCAAUUUUGAUCUGAGUUUAUUUGGA